AUGGAUAGAAUUGACAAAAUCACUUCAAGUUUCCACGCCAGUCUCGGUGCCUUCAUUACGAUAUUCGCUUUGGCUAUUGACCCCUUUUCGCAACAAAUAAUCAAAUACUACAACUGUCUUCAGCCAGUUCCGGACACUGCAGCCAAGAUACCGAUCACAAAUAACUUCACUGGGCUUGGUGCGCUUUACGGAGACACGAAUCUCAACAGUGUAAUAGCAGUGGCUACGUACACCGGUCUCUUUGGUCCUCCUGCAAACACAUCUGUCAGCAUUACGGUCGACUGCCCAACGGGGAAUUGUACCUUCCCAAAUGAUUCUGGCGCCGCUUUCUCAUCACUCGACGUUUGCCAUUCCUGUCAGGACAUUUCGGCACUUUUAAUCAACAUCACAGAUCCCGAAGAUCAAAGUUACUACAACGUAACACUGGAGUCUAGCGGAGCAGCACUUCAGAACAGAAACAUCACCGACCUCGUAAGCCUCGUCGGAUCAGAUUAUUAUUCUAACGACACUGUAUCAUUCUACGAUUUUGAUGCUGUGAUCCACCGCAAGAAUGAUUAUCUCGCUAUCAGCUGCUCGCUGUACCCGUGUGUGACCACGUACAGUGCCAAAUUCGUGAACUCUGUGUACACUGAGUCACGCAUUUCAUCUCUCAGGCAUGACCUACACUUUGAGAAUGUCCUUGACAACGACGAACCCUGGUCCCUCGCCGUAAAUCAAACGCUCAGAAACGGCACGUGGAACGACUGUAAUCCAUCCGCUACGCAAACCCCCACCAACUACGUGCCGGUUUCACCCAACAAUAUGACCAUCAGCGCCACUUACUUCAGCGGUGAUCCGGCCAUUGUCUCCAAGGACACCCAGUGGUAUCCCCCCGACUGCGUGUACAUGGUGGGAUACGACGCACUCUUAACCUUCAUGUCGUUCAUCGAAGACAUCUUCAGCAGGCAGACGCUGACCGCAUCUUCUUCGUCCACCGGCGCGAUCUGUUGCCUCCAAGACCUGUGGCACAACGACACCGCGACCAUGGCAACUGUCGACCGCUGGGUCAACGGCCUCGCCACCUCGCUCAGCGGAGCGAUGCGCGUCCACGGUAACACGCCGCCGCCCGCCAACUUCGCCUACGGCACUGUGAUGGGGUCGCAGACAUGCGUGGAUGUGCGCUGGGCUUGGAUCGGCCUGCCCGCUGCACUGUAUGGACUCACGAUCGUGUUUAUUGUCACCACGGCGCUACAUACCCGCGGCGAUGGCCGUGAGUGGACGGCCCGGCAUUGGAAAUCGUCGGCCGUGGCGCUGCUUCUUCAUGGCUUCGAUCCGGAGACGAGACGGGAGCUGGGCGGCGUGAGGGAUCGCGGUGAGAUGAGUGAGGCGGCGGAGCGAGUGAUGGUACAGCUGCGGCAUUCAAGGGAGGGGGACGCAAACUGGUGGUUUGCGAGGGCUAAAGGGUGA